CUGAUACAAACCUAUUUUUGAAUUUUAAUUCUAAGUUCUGUAGAAAGCUUUCAAUCCAAACCAAAGACUACACCUUUUUUUUCUCUUGGUCAAGGCAAACAGCUUUCUUCCUGAUUACUUUCUUUAUCAAGGAGGUUGCAUCAUAUUUUGUUAUAAGGAAAAUGGUGAGGUAUAAAUAUGGCCCACAUUUCUAUUAUGCUCAGUUUAACUGUAUCUGCCGUUGAUACUGGUCGUUAUUAUCGAGGAGUUGAAUGAGGUUGAUUUACUAACAUUUCAACAUUUUCAACACACAAAUCAUAUUCAGAAUUUUUGUAUAUUUUUCUUAAAAAAGUUGUGAAAGUCUUUAAAGUUGUUCUGUUUAGUAUAUUAUUUAAUAUCUCAAAACAUUCAAUUGUUUUGAGUUUUGCAAGUCCACAAUGGUGAUCGUCUGAUAGUUUAGAAUCCGUUCGAGUUAUAAAUAAGGACACCAGUAGCAGUUUAAGCACAUCACCAUGUUUCAGAAACCAGCAUUCGGUACAACCACGUCCAAUUUUGGAUCAUUCAACGCCGGUACAACAGCAGCCUCACCGUUCGGCGGUUUCAAGCCGGCGACUGGCACGAGUGCAUUCGGCGCACCGCCGGCUUUCGGCGCCGCGGCUUCCACGCAACCCGCUACUGGCGGAGGUCUCUUCGGCGCUACGAAUACGUCGGGAGGUCUUUUCGGCGGGAGUACUGCGUCUACAUCGUCCGGCGGAUUCGGCGCUAGCACUUCAGGCUUCGCGUUCGGCGCCACUCAGCCGGCCAGUGGAGGUCUCUUUGGUAACACAUCGACUGUCGGCGGAGGACUGUUCGGCGCCACUCACAACCAAAAUGCUUUCGGCGCUAAACCUACAGGCUUCGGGUUCGGCAACACGUCUGCGGCGGGCGCGAGCACGAGCGGGCUGUUCGGCGCGGCGCAGCCCGCCUCCGGCCUGUUCGGACAGCAGGCGCCCGCUCUCGGCGGGGGGGGACUCUUCUCCACCAACACUGCGGGCGGCUUCGGCCAGCAGCAGGCGGCCCCGGGCACGGCCCACGUGAAGUACAACCCGGUGGUGGGCACGGACGUGGUGGUCAAGUCCGGGACCUCGCAGAGCGUCAACAUCAAGCAUCACUGUAUCACCUGCAUGAAGGAAUACGAGACCAAGUCAUUAGAAGAGCUUCGCCUCGAAGACUACGCGGCGGGCCGCAAGGGGAACAGCGGCGGCAUGUUCGGCGGCUUUCAACAACAGCAGACCGAAAACAAACCGCUGUUCGGAUCCACAACGUUCGGGCAGCCCGCCACGACUAGCGCGGCCCCUGUGUUCGGCGGGGGCUCGCUGGGCGGCUCGGCCUUCGGGCAGCAGAACACGUCCUUCUCGUUCCCCACCAGCUCGCAGAACACCACCACCACGGGACUCUUCGGUGCCAAUAAACCUGCCUUCGGUGUUGCUCCUACCACCGGUACUGGUUUAUUCGGAGCGACUACCACUCAAUCAACAACAUUUGGAACGAAUACGUCGUCUUUCGGAUUUGGAUCUAACACACAGAAUAUGCAGCAACAGUCGACGGGUAUAUUCGGCGCCAAGCCGGCGACGACGGGCUUCGGCGCGACGCCGGCCAGUACCGGGUUCGGCGGGUUCGGCAACACCGGCGUGUUCGGCGCCAAGACGCAGGCGCCCGCCUUCGGGACACAGGCACCCGCCUUCGGUUCCCUCGCUGGCGGCUUCGGCACCAACACAUCGACGUCGACGGGCCUGUUCGGUGGUAAUACCACUUUUGGAAAGCCCCAGACAACCACACAACCAUUUGGGUUCAACAACCAGCAGACUGGACUUGGUACAGGUCUAGGUACGGGUCUGGGCGCCAGUACCUUCCAGACCAAGCCGGGGGCGGCGCCCUUCCCGGCGCUGGGCGGCAGCAACAUGUUCCAACAGCCCGCGCAGAACAACACCUUUAAGACUGGUCUGGACAGCGGUCUGGGCGGCGGGCUGUUCAACAACACCAACUCUCUGGGCGGUUCCGUGCUCGGCUUGGGCGGAAUGAAUGCUAACAAUAGUGCACUCAACAACAGUCUUGGCUCUUCAGCUGCCGGCAAUGUUCAUGAACAGAUAUUAACUUUAGCCGCUCGACCCUACGGUGAUUCACCUCUGUUCAAGGACUUACUACCGGAUUCUGCGACGACGGCAGACGAUGUCCUGAAGCCGACGAACCCCGCGGCGGUGAAGGCGGUCCUGGAGAGCGCGGGCAGCGCCGCCUACCGCGUGAGCUCGCCCGCCGCGCACCGCCUCAGCCUCACGCCCAGGGCCACGCUCACGCACGACAAGAAAUCCCUAUUCGAUGGCUUAGAAGAAUCGGACGCUAGUCUCGAAGACAAGUUAUCAUUGAAACCGAGUCGCAAACGUUUGGUGUUGCGACCGAACCACAGCGCGAACGACACUCACCACGAUGUCACCGACCACGCUCACGACAACAGCUCUUAUGGACAAGGGAAUAAGAGAUCUAUGGAAGAACCGCAACAGAACGGUGCGGAGAGAGAGCAAGCCGCGGAACAAGCUAACAUAGACGAGGUCGACAGGAGACAAGACGACUUCAUAUCGUUGAAGAAUGCUGGAAGACAGGCCGACACCAGUUCGGACAGGCACGGCAGUUGGUUAAGCUCAUCAAAACUACCUUGGAACGACAAGGAACAACCUAUAGAUGAUGAACCGACGCCGCGUCUGUACCCUAACCUAGAGAAAGAUAUUCAAACGCAAGUGUCGGAGAGACGUGCUAGUUGGUUAACAACGAAACCUCUUCGGAAACCGUUGAUUUCGAACCCGGACUCGGCUGAGAACUCGGUGCGGGAACUCGGCGUCCGACCGGACAGGUCUCAAGAUAAGGAGAACGUCGAUACUCUAUCUAUGUCAGAGGAAGAGAACGUGUCUCCCCGGGCGGCUCCCCCGCACCCCGCCGGUGUGAAGCUCACCCGCCCCGGCUACUACACCAUACCCAGUCUGGACGAGAUGACCGCCUUUAUCCGUCCGGACGGGUCGUGCGUCGUCCCGCACCUGACCAUCGGCCGCAAGAACUACGGCAACGUGUACUACGACUGCGAGAUCGAUGUCGCCGGCAUGGAUCUAGAUAGUCUAGUCCACUUCUUGAACAAGGAGGUGAUAGUCUACCCUGAGGAGUCGGAGAAGCCUCCCCUCGGCGAGGGUCUGAACCGGCGCGCGAUAGUCACCUUAGACAGGGUGUGGCCGCGCGACAAGACUGAGAAACGACCUAUUACUGAUCCAGACAGACUCAUGAAGAUGGAAUACGAGAGCAAACUCCGUCGCGUGUGCGACAAGCACGCGACCAAGUUCAUCGAGUACCGGCCGGCCAGCGGCAGCUGGGUGUUCCGCGUCGAGCACUUCAGCAAGUACGGGCUCACCGACUCCGACGACGAGGACGACGUGCCCGACCUGCUGCGGAGGCAGCUGGUCACCGCUGAGGUCCAGAAGGCUGCGGUUCUAGCCCCCGCGCCGCCCGCGCCCCCCGGGCUGGGCGGGCUGGGCGGGGCCGGCCAGGCCGCGGGGCUGGGCGGCCUGGGCCCCGCCUCGGCGCUAGUCCCCGAAGACAACCUCUUCGCCAUGCAGCAGACGUCCUUGAACCUACUCAAUGGAGCAGCUAAAGCUUUCGAAAUGGACACGACGGAGGACAACAACGAAUCGCAGAGCCUCUACAUGGAUAAUAGAGCGUUCGGCGUCAAGAGCCCGACGAGUGAACUAGCUCGUUUAGAACAUCGACAGAGCCAUAAUGUGCAACUGAUGAAGGCUUCACUAUAUGCUGAUACAGAAAUGGAAGACGACGCGUCAGUGUCGACGGGCGACCAGUUGGUCCCGGUGUCGGCCCCGCUGCUGGCCGCGCCCGCCCUGCAGCCGCCGCCCGCCCUGCUGCAGCAAGAACCGCCCGCUGAAGCAGACGCACCAGACACUGAAGAAGUACCAAUGAAGCCUUUAAUAGUUCGGCCGCACACCAUAGUGUUGAAGUACCACAGAAAAGUGCCGCCUUUCAAACAGACUAUAGCUGGCCGUCUAGACGCAGCUCCCAUAUCGGACCUCUCUGUCUGCCGCGCGAGACACUCUCGUGUGGGCUGGGCGCCCGGUGCUACCCUAGCUUUCACUACAGCUCUCAACACUCUACAAGAUCUGCCUAAUUCGGCAGAGCUCUCAGAUCUAGGCAAGUAUGUAGCGGGCAGGGGUCCCGCUGACUGGUCGGAGCCGGUGUUAGUCAGAAUGGCUCUCGGCGAAGCUCAGAAGGAUGACGGCAUGCAGGACAUGCUACGCCUGCACCUGGAGACCUUGCUGCAGUAUUCAGAGUUCUCCUCCGCGGAGGACUGCGCCCAGCUCAGCAUGGCGGGAGCCGCCAGCAGCCGCCGCGCGGCCCUGCAGGGGUACCUGCGACAUGCCAAGGCCAGUGCGUCGGGCGCCUAUUUCUAUGAGGUUUGGCGGCUGUGCGACGCGCUGUGGGGAGCCGAUCUCGAUAACGAUGGUGUACCCGGCACAGAUCAGCUCUCAGUGGUGAACAGGCAUAGGAAACUUCUAGAGUGGCUCAAAAGCGCCGUAUCCGAAGCGACAGAUGAAGAUCUAUCGAAACCGAGACUUGGCGAGCCGGAAGACGAAGCGGACGGUCACAGCGCUCGCGUCUGGACCCUACUCCUCGGUGGAAGAAUACUAGAAGCCUGUAAAGUGGCCAAGGAACAUGGUGACCUCAAUAUGGCCACUCUAAUAGCACAGGCUGCUGGUGAUCCAACAUUCCGUUCGCUGAUAACACGUCAGCUCUCCCUCUGGCGAGAAUGCGGAGCGGACACCCUGAUGUCCUCCCACCGCUGGGCAACCCUACAGCUCAUCUCUGGGCAAAGCUCGCCGCCCCCGGACAAACUCACCGAUACAGACUGGUUGAGAGCAUUGCAUGCUACUGCUAGAUACCUGUGUCCUCACGUACCGUCAUUGGAGCAGGUUCUCCGCACUUACGAGGGUUUCUUCACUCCCGGCUCCGAGCGCGAAGACUCAGAGUUGGACCUGUCCGCUGUGGAGGCAGACCAAAUGGGCAUGCGACUGCCGCUGCCGCCGUACGUGGCGAACUACGACCUCAACAUGGAGACGAACGGCCAAAAACGCCGCGUGUUGGACUUGCGUUACGAGUUACUGAGAGCGCGCGCGUUCAACACGCGCCCGAAGUUGCGGCCGGCGGCGUACACGCCAGACCCCAUGGAUUACAGUCUGUGUUUCCUGCUGGGCGCGUGGCUAGGGCGGCCCUGCGCGGAGGCAGUGCUGGGCGCCGCCCACCAGCUGCAGGCCGCCGGGGACUGGCAUCUCGCCGUACUCGUGUUGGCAUACCAUCCCGAUAGCCAAGCUCGAGGCCACCUCAUCCGCGACGUGCUAUCUCGUCACGCGCCAGCCAAAGCUGACACGCCAGAUUUGAAGUCUAGACUAGAACUGAUUAGAAGACUGAGGGUCCCGGAGAACUGGCUGCUGCUGGCGCAGGCUCAUCGGGCCAAGUAUGAGCACCAGCCGGCCCUAGAAGCUUCUUACUUGGUUGGCGCGGGACACUACAACGCGGCACACCGCGUACUGCUGGAUGACCUCAUGCCCAGAGCUGUGUUAGCCGAUGAUCUACAAAGCAUAGCGCCCUUACUCGAGCGUAUGAACGAAGCCGCCCAAAGACACGAGGUCAGCGGCUGGGAGAGCGGCGGACAGGCGUUACAUCACUAUCUACACGUCUGUGAUGAGAUCCUGGGCCUAGCGUCGUGUUCAGACGCGGCGGGCGUGGCGGCGCGCCUGGAGGCGCUGCGGCCGCGGGUCGCCGCCGCCGCUAGGGCCCUGGGGGCCUUACAACCUAAGAGCGCAGCCGGGCGCUUCGCCCGCGCGGAGAUGGGCGCGCGACUAGUACAGUGCACGCUGGCGGCCGGAGAGGCCGGCGCCCGCCUCGCCGCGCUGCUGAGGGCGCUGCGCCUGCCGCCCGGCACCACGCACGCCGCGCACUCCUCGAUAAGUUCACUACUAGCAGAGCGAGCGGCCGAGUCUUGCAGUAUCUCAUCACCAAACUCACCACCAGCCCCACAACGAGCCGCCGCCAGCUAAUCACUAGAUGAUGAUAACACGGUGAUAGACUAUACCAUCACUUUCUAUAACUCUGAUCAAUGUGAAAAUAAGGGAUAUUAGACAAAGCCCAUAAAAGCCUUAUACAGUAAACAAACCGCUAUUUUACACAAGCUCAAUGACUUGUCGUACCGAAUUAUUUAAAUAUAACUACUGGGUAUUCAAUAUUAUAUGUAGAUAUAUCAAUUUCAUUUUCAUUAUCGUUUU